ACUGCACCUCAUUCUUAAAGGGCCAGACACAGUUUGAGAUCCUUAGGAUACAGCUACAAAGGCCACUGCCACUGUGCUGGCUGGAAUCUCAACGAGUAAGCAUCUGUCUCUUUGAUCCACUGAAGCCGAAGCUGGGGGACGCUAGUUGCCUUUUCCUAAGUAGGGGAAAGCUGCCUGUGGUCAGACAGGGAGACAGUCACUGUAGGCUACAGCCUGCUGCUAUUGGUCCAUUUCUUGCUCUGACCUCACAAACAGUCACUGAGACGGAAGAAUAAGGCUGUAGCCUGGGCUGCAUUUCUGUCCAGAGACCAGGGAGCUGGUUCUGUGACCUGUGGGACUCCCUCAUUCGUAUCUUAAUUGGAGCUGUUUAUUUGAUCUCCGGCACAACCUUUCUGGACAGGAGGCCAGUAAACACCAAGCCUCAUGGCCAGCCUCCCCCGAGAUGGGGGCCUAGACCGGCAAUACAAAAUGCUGUUCACCAUCGGCCAGGGUGGAUUUGGCUGUGUACAACUGGCCCUCCAUCGCCUCACAGGCAUGCCCGUCGCAAUUAAAGUUGUAGAAAAUGUGAAGAAACACCUGCGCCUCGUUCUAUCAGAGAUAGCAGUACUGGAAACCGUGCAACAUCCACACAUCAUCCGCCUCUUCCAGGUUUUAACGACCACAAAAUACUGCUAUAUAAUAACAGAGUAUGUGCCGGGAGGCAAUCUGUACCAACUGGUUAAGGAAGAAGGCAGGCUGCAGGAGGAACAGGCACAGAAAAUAUUUGGGCAGCUAGUGUCAGCCAUAAGGUGCUGCCAUGACCAUGACAUUGUCCACCGAGACCUGAAGCCCCAUAACAUCCUGCUAGAUGCACAGAGAAAUGUCAAGCUGGGAGACUUUGGCCUUGCUACCAGGUGUGGAGCUGGCACUGUGCUGUAUGGGUGCUGUGGGACCAAGAGCUACAAUGCCCCAGAAAUGGUUCUGAGGGAAGGCUACGAUGGGAGGAAGGCAGACGUGUGGAGUCUGGGUGUGUUGCUGUACUUUAUGACAACUGGGCACCACCCCUUCAGAGGAAGCACCCUGGAAGAGACCAAGAAAAACAUCACUAUUGGGAUGUAUGACAUCCCAGCUCACAUCUGUGGGCAACUUGAAAAUCUCAUUCACCAAAUCUUAACAGUUGUCCCAGAGAGGAGACCCUCCACUGAAGAUAUUCAGCACCAUCCAUGGGUCAAGAACCCUGAAGAAAACAUCUCUAGUGACCCCUACCCAGAUCCUAAAAUUGUUGACAAGCUGUUUGACCAUGGGUUUGCUGCCAAUGAGAUCUUUGACUCACUGCAGAAGCGGAAAUACGAUGAGAUAAUGGGGACAUACCUGUUACUACAAGAACAGCUACACCAGGGGCUUGACUCCACCUCCUCAGUCACUACGGCAGACCCUGGUCCUGCACCUCCACCCUCUCCAGUCCCUCCUUUAACAUCUGGUUGUUACCUAAAAAGAAGAGCCAGUGAGCCCACCUUUGGCCUUCUUCAUACCCGGCCUUCACAACAGCACCUGCCUGAUGUCCUGACACUAUCAAGGCAGAAGAUAAACCAGAGUGUCUCCAUGUCUCUAUGGUGUCCUCAAAAGAAAAGCCCCACUUCGAGCCAUGCGCCACCGACCAAGGCCGCAUCUGCCCCAUGUGUCUACCACAGCAGGGUAGAAGAAGAAAUGCCCCUGCCACCUGGACCUGACUCUAACAUGGAAAAAUCAUGCCUCCCUCAGAACAUCGAGUGCUUCAGCGGACUGUGCAGGAGAAUCAGAGUUUGCCUGUCAAGAUUGUGUUGCUUCCCGCGGGCUUCAAAUCCACAAACCGGGCGUGUGUUCAACAACAAAGUGGAUCCUCUGAAAGAGUCAGGAGGCAGAUGCAGUGAGGAGUAGGGAAGUACGUGAGAGAUGAUGCAUACGUAUUAGUCAGGAGGCAGACGCAGUGAGGAGUAGGGCGAGUAUGUAGAGAUGAUGCAUAUGUAUUUUAUGUUUCAUUUUCACCAUGUAUUUUUCAUUUGAAAAAUCAAAAAUGUGUAUGUUUGUCGUAUCCAACAGGUUGUUCAGAUGUCUACACAAUUUGGAUGGAAACCUGGAACUUAGCAUACUUCCUCAGGAAAAAAAUCCUCCAGGAACAUACCUAGGUGGUAUCCGAUGCAGCUGGGACAGGACUGGGAUCGGUAAUGGGUCAGGGAAUGUUGAUCUGUUGUCCAUAGAGAACAGAUGUCCAGAUUGGAAGACUCUGCUUAGGGAUCCAGUGACUGGCAAAGUGACAAUGGUCAAACCACAAAGGGGCCAAUUCAAUGUCUCCCUACAGUUUGUCUGCACAGGCAGUGUGCUGAGCUCGUGAGGCCUGACAUCACAGUGUCAAGGCCAACAUGGGGAGGACGAGCUGGAUACCCAGUUCCUGUGUGCCCUGCACAUGUGUCUAGAGCAGAUGUUUGCAGGACCAGAGGCCUCUCCACAGCAGCA